AAUGGUUCAGUGCAAAAACUUUGUCUGUCCAAAGAAAGACUCAUGGAUACUCACAGAAUCUGUUUCUCCAAGUUGGGAAAAGCCUGGGAAUAUGAUGCCAAGUUAGAAAGACAGGAGAGCAAAGAAGAGAAAUAUUCUGUACCAGUAAAGGUUACCCAAAGGAGACCUCUAAAUGAAGUGAAAAACCAUGAAUCUGGUCAGUUUGUCCAAAGCUUUAGUUUAGGACCAAUCCUUUUACCACAACAGAAGUUACCAGGAGGAAGGAGUUGCCUUAAAUGUGUUAAACAUUUAAAUGAUUUCAGGUCACACUCAACCCUAAGAACAUCUAUUGAAAUAUGCUCAAAGGAGACAGUUUGUCAAGAUGGUGAACAUAAAAAAUCCUUCGGUCAUAAUUCAGACCUCAUUGAACAUCAAAGACUACAUAAAAGAGAGAAACCUUAUAUAUGUGAUGAAUGUGGAAAGAUUUUCCGACAGAGCAGAAACCUUACCAAACAUCAGAGAACUCAUAGUGGAGAAAAACCUUACAAAUGUAAUCAAUGUGGGAAGGUCUUCAGCCAGAGUGGAUACCUCACUAAACAUCAGAGAACUCAUAGUGGAGAAAAACCUUAUGAAUGUAAUCAGUGUGGGAAGGCCUUCUGCUGGAGCUCACAACUUACUCAGCACCAGAUAAUUCAUACGGGAGUGAAACCUUAUGAAUGUAAUGAAUGUGGGAAAGCUUUUGGUCGGAGUACAGAACUCACUCGACAUCAGAAGAUUCACAGUGGAGAGAAACCUUAUGAAUGUAAUCAGUGUGGAAAGGCCUUCCUUCUGAGAACAAACUUUAUAGUACAUCAGCGAAUUCAUAGUGGAGAGAAACCUUAUGAAUGCAAUGAAUGUGGGAAAGCCUUUGGCCGGAGCACAGAACUUACUCGACAUCAGAGAAUUCAUAGUGGAGAGAAACCUUAUGAAUGUAGUAAAUGUGGGAAGACCUUCAGGUGGAGGAAACAACUUACUCAACAUCAGAGAAUUCACACUGGAGAAAAACAUUAUGAAUGUAAUGAAUGUGGGAAGGCCUUCAGUCAGAGUAGAAACCUUACUCAGCAUCAGAGAACUCACAGUGGAGAGAAACCUUAUGAAUGUAAUGAAUGUGGGAAAGCUUUUGGCCGGAGCACAGAACUUACUCGACAUCAAAGGAUUCAUAGUGGAGAGAAGCCAUUUGAAUGUAAUGAGUGUGGGAAAGCCUUCAGCCAGAGUAGAAAUCUCAUUCAACAUCAGAGAUCUCAUAGUGGAGAAAAACCUUAUGAAUGUAAUGAUUGUGGGAAGGCCUUCGGCCGGAGCACAGAACUUACUCGACAUCAGAGAAUUCAUAGUGGAGAGAAACCAUAUGAAUGUAAAGAAUGUGGCAAGGCCUUUCUUCUGAGGACAAACUUUACUGUACAUCAGAGAAUUCAUAGUGGAGACAAGCCUUUUGAAUGUAAUGAAUGUGGGAAGGCCUUCAAUCAAAGCACACAACUUACUCGACAUCAGAGGGUUCACAGUGGAGAAAAACCUUAUGAAUGUAGUAAAUGUGAGAAGGCCUUCAGAUGGAGGAAACAACUUACUCAGCAUCAGAGAAUACAUAUAGAAGAGAAACCUCAUAAAUGUGAUGAAUUUGGGAAGGCCUGUUGUCAGAAUUUUUCACGUCAUCAGAGAAAUCACACUGCAGAGAAACCUUAUGAAUGUCAUGAAUGUGGGAAGGCCUUUCUUCUGAGCACAACCUUUGCUAUACACCAGAGAAUUCACACUGGUGAGAAACCUUAUGAAUGUAAUGAAUGUGGGAAGGCCUUCAGCUGGAGCACAGAACUUACUGAACAUCAGAGGAUUCAUACUGGAGAGAAACAUUAUGAAUGUAAUGAAUGUGGGAAGGGCUUUUGCCAGAGCUCACAACUUACUCGUCAUCAGAUAAUUCACACUGGAAAGAAACCUUAUGAAUGUAAUGAAUGUGGAAAGGCAUUCCUUUUGAGCACAACUUUUGCUUUACAUCAGAGAUUCCAUAGUGGAGAAUAAGUAAUCUUAUAGAUGAAAGAUGCCUUUGAAAACAUUAAAUCUUCUAAAGUAUUAGUACAGAGAGAGUUUUUAAACAUAAUGAUUGGGAAUAUGAUUUCCUCCAGAGCCAACAUGUUACCCAAUGUCAGUUCAUACCAGAGAAUUAAAAAUUUUCAGCUGUUCCAUAGCAGUUUAGUUAACAUUAAAUAAAACUCAUUCAGGAGGGUAGCUCUACGAAUGUGAUGAAUAUGAAAAGGAUUUUGCCCAGAACUACAAUACUUAGUGAAAACAAAUUACAUGGAAACCCUAUAGGUGAAGUCCUUGUAAAA